CACAGAGUGAUGUCACGGAAGGUCCCACUCAGCAGAGCUCAUAUAGAGCGAGGGCAGAGGAAGCUCAGGCAACAGUAGAGAGUAAAAAUGAAGCUGCAGCUCUGUGUCUUCUCGCUCCUCUUCCACGUUUCAGUUGCAGAGAAGUCAGAGAACAUGACUGUGCUGAGGGGCCAGACCGUGGAUCUGAGCUGCUCCAUCAGGAACGCUGUGCGGAGCAACGUGGAGUGGAGGAACCCAAACAACGACAUCAUGUUCUUCAACAAACAUUCAGUAUUGAGGGACAGACACUAUAGCAUCACCAAGCUGACCAACUCCCAGUUCUCCAUCAGCAUCUCCAACAUCACCUUUAAGGAUGGAGGCGUUUAUACCUGCACACGAUACGGAGACGUCCUGUCAGUGAAGACAGUCAGGCUGACCGUCCUGGAUUUUCCACGAAUGUCGGUAAGAAGAAAGGGAGCAGAGUCUGUUGUGAAAUGCAGCGCGAAGGCAAACAACCACCCGCCCAACAUCACCUGGAAAUUUGAAAAUGGAACCGAAUUUAAAUUUACUGGAGCCAUACAUAAGGAAGGCUACGCGUUUGUGACAGAGGCACAUCUAGUGGUUUAUCCCAGAGACGGCAGGGUGGUGGUGGAGUGCCUGGUCCACCACCCCGACCUGCACACCCCGCCUCUGAUGAACUUUGUGAAAGUUGGGAAACAGAGUAAGCAGCCCGGCUCCACCUCCGCCCCCCCGUCAGCCCGGCCGCCUGCACCGGGGACGACGGCGCAGACGGCCUUCAUAGGGAGCAGCUCAGCACCGCACCUCACCCCCUCACACCUAAACACCCCCCCUCCUGCACCCAAAGAGCCGCUCACUUCCAGCCAGCCCGGGACUGUGACCCCAGAGGACCCCGCUACCUCUGGACGCCCCCCCCUCAGCACUGGUGCGCGUUUGUCCAACUCUACAAGUCCAGACCUGAUCUGGCUGAUGAACGACACCAGCAGCAGUGAAACAACCACCACCUCAGGUGAUUUACCAGAGGAUGUCACCUCAUUUAAUGCUACAGGGAAAAACCUCACAGAUUACUCUGACCCUGAUAGGAGAAUGGGCCGCACCCAGAACACGUCCCUAUUAGUGCUGCUGGUCACGUCUCUGAUCUUCUGCCUUCUGGUCGUCGUCCUUUUCUUUGCUAUCAAGCUGAGGAGAGCACACAUGGCCUGGAAGAGAGAGAAUGAAGACUCGGACCCAUCAGAAGCCAGCAGCAAAUCUAAAACCAGUCAGGAGGAGAAGAAAACCCAGGACCAGAGGAGGAGAGGACUCUUCAACACGGUGUUUGCUCAGUACGCUGUGGAGGAGCCAGCAGCAGCAACCUCAGUCAUCAACCCAAACGCCACGCCCGCCACAGCGCAGACGUCUCCUGGUCCGGUUCAGAGUGCAGUCAGAAGCGAUAUAAAGGAGACUUCACUUUAAUGCCAUGAAAUGAUGACAUCAUUGACUGAGAAGCAGCAGGGGGCGGGGCCUCCGUUUAUACUUGGAAACCUUAUUAUUGUGAAGACGAUCCUUUAUGGAGAAUCCUUUUAUAGAACUACUGCCAUGUUGGUGGUUAGAAUUAACCGUUCUAGAGACUUUGUGAAUUUUACGUAUAAAGGUGUCAAACUUUGAAUGCCACAUUAAAGUCAAAUGAGGCAGUUUGCUGUUAGAAGCAGGAAAUCCUUUUAGUUUGAAUGUUUCAGCUCUUCAUCAGCCAGACUGUGGAAAACAUGGAUGCUUUUCUGUGUGAUGAUGAAACUGAUGGAGUUUAUGACUAAUAACUGCACCAUGUCCUCUUCUUUUUAAACUGUCUGUUUUCACUGUUUACAUCACAAAAAAUGUCUAUUUUUUUACAGCACAAAUGUAAAUAUAUGGUUUAAUUUUGUACUAAUAAAUAUUAUUUU